AUGGCUUCUGAAGGAGAAGCAUCCAAACUACAGUCACCUACACUCCUUCCUACCCAGGGACAAACUUCCACAACCAUCACCAUGUGUGGCAGCUACUACGGAAACUACUACGGCGGCCGUGGCUAUGGGUGCUGUGGCUACGGAGACCUGGGCUGUGGCUAUGGCUCCUGCUAUGGCUGUGGCUUCCGCAGACUGGGCUGUGGCUACGGCUGUGGCUAUGGCUGUGGCUUCCGCAGACUUGGCUGUGGCUACGGCUGUGGCUAUGGCUGUGGCUUCCGCAGACUGGGCUGUGGCUACGGCUGUGGCUAUGGCUAUGGCUCCCGCUCCCUCUGUGGCUGUGGCUAUGGAUGUGGUUCUGGCUGUGGUUCCGGCUUUGGCUACUACUACUGAGGACACCACAGGAGACUCAUCGUCUGUCCUGUGACAUCGGGGUUCACCAAUUCCAAACCCCACAUGCUCUGAGCUCACGAUUGGAUGAAGAUUCUCUUAUAUUAAAAGUUUCUGAUGUCAUUUUUCUGAAGACCUGCCCCCCAAUACCACUACCCUCUGGAUCUAAUAUUUUCAACUUCCUUUUUUGAAUGUAAUGCUUGAAAAUUAAAAUAAUGUAAAAUUU